AUGGGGAACUCACGACACCCAUUAUCAUCGCUUUCUGAGGCGGAGAUUCUGCUGUCAGCAAAGUUGAUCCGCAGUUGUCACGAUGCAGGGACCAAACUUCGCUUCAAGGGUAUCAUGCUUCAUGAGCCGUCAAGAAAGGAGAUGCAGCAGUAUCGAACUCAAACAGACGGAGGAAGUUACGCCCCACCACGUAAGGCAUGGGUAAAUUACUAUCUAGCUGGCACUCCUUCUUUCUUUGAAGUUGUGGUUAACCUAACCAUGGAGUCCAUCGAGAGGAGCACCGAAGUGCCCGCACAAUUCCAUGGGCCCAUCGAUGAGGACGAAAUCGUCACCGUCGAAAAGGUUGCCCUAGAGGAUCCUCGAACGAAGGCCGAGAUCGAAAAAUUGAAGCUGCCUGAGGGAGCGAUUGUUGUUUGCGACCCUUGGAUCUGGGGAGCUGAUGGCGUUUCGGAUGAUGUUCGCCAAUAUCAAUGCUACAUGUACAUGCGUGACCCCAGCAAUUCCAAGGAACUAGACAGCAACCACUAUGCGUUUCCCUUGAGCUUUUCACCGGUUGUGGAUGCCGUAACGAUGCAGGUUACGAAGAUGGAAUACCUCCCCACUGGUGCCGGUGUGGAGACAAAGUCUACCGAACCUUGGCGACCGACCAAGGCCAACGAAUACAUCCCAGAGCUGAACGAUCAGAGGACUGAUCUCAAACCUCUCAGGGUCAUACAACCUGAAGGCGCUUCAUUCACCAUUGAUGGAGACAUCAUCAAAUGGCAGAAGUGGCAGAUGCGUAUUCAUUUCAACUAUCGUGAAGGCAUGGUCCUUUACGAGGUAUCUUAUGAUGGUAGGCCGUUGUUUUAUCGUGUCUCACUGAGUGACAUGUCAGUCCCGUACGCAGACCCACGCGCACCGUUCCACAAGAAGCAAGCAUUCGAUCUGGGCGAUGCUGGAGCCGGUGUCAUGGCCAAUGACCUCAAGCUCGGCUGUGAUUGCCUUGGUGCCAUCGCGUACAAAGACGGCCUUAUUGCCGACGAUCACGGACGCCCUGUAAAGAGGCCAAAUGCUGUGUGCAUCCACGAACAAGAUGCUGGUAUCCUUUGGAAGCACACUAACUACAGAACCGGCCGCCCCGUUGUGGUAAGACGACGGGAGCUUGUAAUCCAAUCGAUUAUCACGGUCGCCAACUACGAGUACAUCUUGGCCUUCAUCUUCGACCAGGCUGGCGAGAUGGCCUAUGAAGUUCGGGCCACGGGCGUGUUGUCCACCCAGCCUAUCGACCAAGGUGUAGAAGUACCUUAUGGAACAGUUGUGCACGAAGGAGUAUUGGGAGGCUAUCAUCAACAUAUACUGUCUUUACGUGUUGACCCAGAGCUCGACGGUGACAGAGAAAAUCGACUUGUGUAUGAAGAGACCAGCGCUUUGCCUCGUCAUGCCGACACCAAUCCUCAUGGGAACGGGUACAUCAGCAAGCGUACCACCUUAGAGAAGACCGGUGGUUAUGAUUUAGAAUCCAAGAAGAACCGUGUCUUCAUGAUUGAGAAUCCAAACAAGCAGAACCCAGUAAAUGGGAAGAAUGUGGCUUACAAGAUCCAAGUCCCGCCCGUACAGCCAUUGCUGGCAGAGGAGAGCUCUUUCCAUUAUAAGAGAGCUGAUUUCGCCGACCAUUCGGUCUACGUCACUAAAUAUCAAGAAGAAGAGCUAUUUGCCGGAGGGCAAUACACGAACCAGAACAAAGAGACUUCUGGUGUCAGAAAGUGGGCCGCACGAAAGGAUGACAUCUCGAAUGGCGAUAUUGUUGUAUGGGUUCAAUUCGGUUUGCAACAUGUCCCCAGAAUAGAGGAUUUCCCUGUCAUGCCUGUAGAGAUUGUUAAGGUUUCAUUUAAGCCUGUCAACUUCUUCACACGCAACCCGGCUAUGGACGUGCCCCAGUCGACCCAAGAAUUCAACAAGUCGGUUUUGGUCAAUGGCCAUUCAAAUGGCGACAAAGGCACCAAUGGGGACACCGAAUGCACAUCUUGUGAUUAA